AUUUUCUUUCUUUCUUUCUUUUUUUUUUUUUUUUUUUUUACAAUUGUUGUUUGCAAUUCUACAUCUAGUAGAAUUUGACUUUAAAAUUUAGGUUAGGCUACUUUUACAAACUGAGGUUACCACAGGUUCUUAACUGUGCUAUGCACUUGUACACCAACCAGACCGCAACUCUGUAUUUACAGGAACAGUAACAAUGUGACCUGUGGGCUUAUAUUAGAGCUUGACCGAUACAUUGGCCAGGCCCUGAUAUCAGCUGAUUUUUGCUUAUCACAGAUAUUUCUGUAUGGACAUGUACAUCAGCUGAUAAGUCACAAGAAAUUCACAUUACAUGUCAACCAGAACGCAAGGACAAGUUUAUAUUGCACCUGUAACGUGUCUUCCUAAUGUCAAUAAUCGCAUCAGCCUCAAAAAUACAAUAUCGACUGCGCCAUGCUGUGUGCUGAUAUUGUCUGUUUGUAGUCCAGUUGAUUACAUAUAUAUUUUCAUACCUACUUGCCUGGACAUGAUAGCUAUAUGUCUAUAUUUAUAAUUACCUAUUUUCUUUAGCUUUGUUUAGUCUAUAUUUGUAUCUUUCUGUCCUCUGUGAUGUGUAUGGGUACACUGAGAGACAAACAAAGUCACAUUUCUGUAUGAACUUACAUACUUGGCCAAUAAAGUUCAUUCUGACUCUGAGUUAAAGCAUCACUUUUUCACCAUUAUUCUUGAUGUUAUUUCAAUGUUGAACGUUACCUCCAGAAGCAAGAUUCAGUUUUUCCCUUCAUUGCGAAACGGCUUUUAUAGUAUAUUACGUGUGUUUUGACCAGAGGUCUACUGUCUCUAGGGCCAAUCUAUUGUACAUUUAUUGUUGUUUUUUUAUUGGCCCCACUAGGAGAGAACAACUUGGCUAGUCAAGGCUCAGAGUCCCUUGCAUAGAAAUUUCAUGGGGCUAGACAUUUGUUAAAUGAGUCUGGGAAUUGCACUAUUCUUAGUGAAUUUUUUACUACCUCUACCUCAAUAUAUAUAGUCGAGAAGUGCACCGAGUACUAAGCAAGCAUGUCUUAUCUGAAAACCAGGAACGAGUGAGUGAUGUUUGUCAUGUGACGCAUGAUCUCAUUACACUAUCUUCGUUCUCAAGGCCUUUUUUGCCUAUUUUAGGGUACUUUGGAGAAAGUACUUUGCAAACUCCAACAACAGAGUUGUUGGCGGAGCCCCCUCCCCAGGGAGCUCUGUCUAUUUCAGCUUAUCAAGCUUUAACAGGCCUAGCAAUGCAAUGCAAAGACAAAUGUGCAUAUUUUAAUUAUACGAUUAUACUAUUAUAUGAUAGUGUGUUGAUAUUUUAUUUUGCCAAAGUGUUUAUAGUAUUCUUUGGGCAUUUAAGCACUCAAGCAAGCAAGAAGUGAGUUUUCAAAGCUCCAGCAAAUCUCUGCCGUUAUCCAUCCGGCUAGAUCCUUACUGUGAACGUAACUGCACCAAAACCGUUGUUAAACUUAACCCCCUCUAAUCUAAUACCCAAACAUAAGAAUUUCUGCAUGAAAUUAUGUUUUCACAUGUAGGAAAUUAACUUGUUAUUGCCACUUUUAACCAUCAACAGUGUUACACCAUAAGAGCCCCAAAACAUAUGUGUCUAACCUCAGUGCUAAACCUAGCCACUUUGAACCUACACCAGCCCAUUUGAAAGUUGGAACCAUUUGAUUGAUCCAGUGAUGUUACUGGGAUUUAGAACUUCCUUCUUGAAUUAUUCCUCUGGACUUGAUUGGAUCAGGCUCCGGUGUGGUCACAGGGUCAUAUAAGAAAACCUGUCCAGGCUUGGAAGGGAAAGCUCAGGCAUGACCAAUGUGGGUUCUGGUCAGUUGUGGUUUCAUUUUUGGUCCUGAUACGAGUGUUAAUUCUCCCAGCAAAGCCAAUAUUUGUCUGUAAAACAGCACUGAGCGCUGAUCUGUCUGAUUCCUUGUCAUGAUGCUCCUUGGAGCUGGCUGCAGGGGGUGCUGGUGAAUCACUGCAGCAGCAGGUGCAGCCUUGUCACAUGGUGGCAACUGUAGUUCAAAGUACACAAGUUCUGCUGAGAGCAAGAUAGUAUUGUUGAGAGACCUGUAACAUAAUCUAGAUUAUUUGGUACUGGGUUUUCUUUAUCCUGAAAGGUCACAUUGCAGUUAGGUAGUGCUUUUCAAGAAAACAGAUGACCUUUUAUUUUUCUCUGAGUUCAAGGUUGUUGUUUUUUCAGAAUGCAAAAGGUCUCUUCAGCUGUUUUCAAGCCACUUGUAAAGUCAUCUGCCAUUUUUCUAUAAUAUAAUAUAUAUAUAACCGUCUUUGUCAGACUCACUUUUCCUCUGCAUAAUUAUCUUCUGAGAUACCAUUCUGCACACUUCUGCUGUAUUCUGUUAAACUAUUUACCUUAUUUGAACCCACACUGUUAGCUCUGUCUGCGUCAUCCUUCAGUCUCUCGCGUCAGCUAUAGCUGAUACCUUUCAUUCUAAACUGUAGCUACGUGCGUUGAUUUUGGGAGAGCUUAAGUGGCGUAUCGGUCAGUAAAACAGUUAAUUUAGCCUUUUCUAAAGUUCAAACAAACAGCAAGUGAAUACCUCACUGACUGUUAGGUUGACUUAGAGCAAAACAUAACCACAUGACAGACACGAAUCAUUGUAAUUAAUGGGUGAUGCACUUUUGAACUGUUGACUGUCAGUUGUUCAGUGUACCUUAUACUUGCAUCAUUCAAAACAAUAAGGACAGAGAGCGGGAAUACAGAAGAUCUGGAGUAGUAGUCUGGAUAGUACUGGUGAUAGUCUUUUUGCUUGGUGGAUCAAUAUUUUGUUUUGGUUGUUGUAUUUUACACAAGUGUGUUAUAUUAUUCUCUUAUGGCCUCAUAAAAAAAAGACAUAUCUUUGUUUAAGGGCUGUCACAGUUGAAUCCAAGGAGCCAAGGUGAACACAACUGUGUGUUCAGGAUGUUAACGGCGCAAAAACAUGGAUUUUAAACAGAAUAAUUCUCUCAGAAGAUCUCUAAUUCACUGAUUCAAGUAGGCAUCAAAUAUGUUUAUUUUAACCUCAUAGUUCAUAACAGAGAUCGAAGGUUAACAGUCCACCCCCGUGUUUAUUUGGCACAUUAUAAAUAAGAGAUAAAAUGACUGCAUAGUUUAGUGUGAAACACUAGACAUGAGUUACAGUUACAGCGCACGCAGCUGUGUUGCAUAUAGGGACAAUGACCUAUGACCAUGAAUCGUGUUAAGUAUUUGACUUUUAUCAUUUCCCACAAUUCUGUCUUUUUUAUUUAUUUAUUUAUUUUUAUCUUUCAAUAAACUCAUUUUACUAAAGAGAUAUUCACACAGUAAUAUUAUGGGCUGUUUGUGCAUUUGUGUGUUUCAAAAUGUGUGUCCAUAAUUAAGACUAUAAGCUGACAUCAAUGGACAAUAAAGUGAGCUUGACUCUCUUAUAAUACUCAUAAGAUAAUUAUAUAAUAUGUAUCAAUCCUAUAUUUGUAUAGUAUUCCCCUUAAAAUGUAUGAUCAAAGUUGUUUUUAAUAUUAAUAUUAACAUCGCUGUCAGUCUGUCAACAUUUGCAUCUCAUCAGUGCAUGGAGACAGACUCCCUAUAGAUUGCAAUAGACAAGGCUAAGGUGAGACUCCUGACUGAUCCCAGGCCUGCUCUCUGCAUGCAAGCGGACGUGCGUCGCAUAGGCUAGACGCUGCUGUGUGAGAUCCACCGUUAGACCCGUACCGGCGCUCCCACCUCUGCGAGCUUCCGACCUCCGCGCAGCUUUUCCAAACAUGUUCGCUUUUGCAGCCUCUGUCAGGCCUAUAACUUUAGGUUUUAGCUGUCGUUGAUGAGGCUGUGGGUGCGUAAUUGCGCCAUGCUUCCGCAAAACACUGUCCGUUUUUUUAUUCCUCAAGAAGACGAACAGGAGACCUCCGCCAUCGGUGGAAAUUGAGAUGUGUUUUCUGUUGUCUGCUGAACGGAUGCCUUCCGUGAUGGUGUAUAAACCCCAACCGGGCUGCCUCUACUCAGCAGAGAAUGGAACAACAGACAGGGAUGCUUUUUGUGCCGGACUCUUGUGAGAUGAAGGACAAGAAGAAGAAAAAAAGAAAUGUUGAAUGCUUUUUGUUUGUUUUUGGUGGGGAUCACAGCACAUGCAUGUGAGCCGAUGUUGAACGGACGCUUCUGAGUGGAAUUUAAUUCCUGAGUGGGGUUUCUGCUAAAGCGGCGGAUCGUGUUGAUUUUGUUUUCCUUUCAGCCUUGGCAGGAUACAACCGCUCGUCGAUGAAUUGAUGUGGGAACACACACUACCUCGGCUGCAUAGAUGGCAAACACGAGUGAGUUUGGGGGGAGCAGCCCGUUACAGAACUAUGCGUCCACGGCCUCUGCGGUCAAGCUGGCCUCCCUGGGUCUGAUCAUGGGCAUCAGCCUGCUGGGUAACGCGUCGCUGUCGCUGCUGCUGCUGAAGGACAGCUCGCUGCACAAGGCUCCCUACUAUUUCCUCCUGGACCUGUGCCUGGCAGACGUGGUCCGCUCUGCCGUCUGUUUCCCCUUCGUGAUGGCAGCGAUCAGCGGCGGCUCCGCCUGGCCGUACGGCGCGCUCAGCUGCAAGAUCGUCGCCUUCAUGUCGGUGCUCUUCUGCUUCCACGUCGCCUUCCUGCUCUUCUGCGUCAGCAUCACCCGCUACAUGGCGAUCGCCCACCACAGGUUUUACUACAAGCGGAUGAAUCUGUGUACGUGCGUGGCGGUGAUCUGCAUGGUGUGGACUCUCUCCGUGGCCAUGGCUUUCCCUCCGGUUUUCGACGUGGGCACCUACAAAUUCAUCCGUGAGGAGGAGCAGUGCAUCUUCGAGCACCGCUACGUGAAGGCGAACGACACGCUGGGCUUCAUGUUGAUGCUGGCCGUCAUCGUGGGGACGACCCAUGUGGUUUACAUAAAGAUGCUGUGCUUCGUCUACGACCACCGCAAGAUGAAGCCGGCUCAGCUGGUCCCCGCCAUCAGCCAGAACUGGACCUUCCACGGCCCCGGAGCCACCGGGCAGGCCGCCGCCAACUGGAUCGCCGGCUUCGGCCGCGGACCCACCCCGCCGACGCUGGUGGGCAUCAGGCAAGCUUCGCACCUCGGCAACAGGAGGUUGCUGGUGCUGGAUGAGUUUAAGAUGGAGAAACGGAUCGGGAAGAUGUACUACAUGAUCACACUGACCUUCCUCAUUCUUUGGGCUCCUUAUAUAAGCGCCUGCUACCUGAGAAUAUUCGUGCAGGGAGCUCCGGUCCCGCAGCUCUACCUGACCGCUGCGGUGUGGAUGAGCUUCGCCCAGGCGGGAGCGAACCCCAUCAUCAGCUUCCUGUUCAACAAGGAGCUCCGGAUGCGCCUCAGAGCCUGUUUCCCCUGCUGCCUGGGAACACAGACACCCAUGGAGCCAUACUUUGUCAUUUGAACCGUUAUGGCCCCAAAAUACUGCCAAAGACACAUUACAUCUUGAUUCCGAAUGUAGGCUACACAGACUGGUCCCCAAAAUGUGUUUGUACAAGCAGGCAGGGAUGUUGUGGAGGGUGAACCCACUUCAGUUCAAUUUACACAUAUUUUUUUUUAAUUUGUGACAAAGGUUUUAGGCCUACCCACUGUUUUAAUUUGAUUUGCUUAUUAGAAUCAGACUAAUUAAAGCUAGUCAUAUUAAGGGAUGGAAGCAUAAUGUGAUGCUUUUAUAGAAAUGUAAUGUGUUUGAGGUCGUCUGCCUCACCAACUGGGCAUCAUGGUUAAGCCACAUUUUAAUUUUCACCUCUGCAUGUACUGGAGGUGGCAUUCAUUCCAAAUGGUAUAGCCUCUAUGACAGUCAUGUGUCAUGUUAUGUCCUACUUUGGAGACAUUUCUUAUGCCCUAUGGAGUAUAGCAACCUUUUUGGUCCACUACAAUAUUGUACAUGAAUGUCACUUGGGCUAUUUGUUUGUAUAUUUUGAAAUUAUAUCCCAGCACACCCAUUUGAGGUUGUUUGCCUUUUGCAGAACUGAUGCCUAAAACACAACAGAACUAUUUUAUCAGCUGAUUAGAGUCAGUGUCUCUAGCAUCUGUGACACACUUGGUUUCUAAUCGUUUGGAUACCACAAAUGAGAUACAGAUCUCAGUAUAUUUUUAAUGAGGACAAUGUCACAUUUGUAAAUACCGUGAAGCCCUUUUCCCUCUUUCCUUCUGCUUUUUUAACCAGAUAUGUUGUAUAUUUCAUAAUCUCUUAGGAUUCUAUGUGUUGAAAAGGUGUUAAAACUCACUUUAAAGGUAUUUUGCAAAUUCUUCUUCUUCUUCUUCAUGGGUCAGUUGUGUUGAGCAAUGGGUGGAUUCACAUUCCCAGCAGGAUAUACAGAUAUUCUUUUUCUAACGAUAUGGACAUUGGGACACUGAAAGUGUUAACAAUUUGGUUCUUUGGAAAGGAUGUUUGCAUUGUUUGUAUUUCUUAGCAAAUAAAUAAGAAAUGGAUGAUAA